AGUAGUUUCAAGCCUGAAGAGAAGAUUUAUCCAAGAAUACCCUGAUGAAGGUGAAGAUGAAAUUAAUCAUUUAAACCAGAAAAUUACAGAACAUAUCACGAGAAACAUCCCUGUUGAUGGGAUGACUGAUGACACAAGUGAAAACACUGUGGAAAAACCACUGAUUCAACUAAAUGCUCCAUCUGACAUCUUUAAAAACGGAGGAGAAAACAAAAUCCGAACUGUGUUGACUGUCGGAGAACCUGACAUUGGAAAAUCCUUCCAUGUGCAAAAAUUUGUUGCAGCUUGGGCCAAAGAUGAAACUCACCACUCCUUCUUCACCUGGAAUAACAACCAAGUAAGACCCUUACUGGCCAAAGCUGAAGAUAAUGUCGAAGCUAUAUUUCCACUUGACUUGUCAAAGCUUGACUUGAUUAAAGGGAAACCCAUCAGUUUUAUGGAACUUCUGAACUACUUCUUCAUGGAAAUCAAAGAAUUAGCAAUCUCCAACUAUGCAAGGUUCAAACUUGUAUUUGUCUUGGAUGGACUGAAUGCAUGUCAACAUCUUCUGCACUUUGACAACAAUGAGACGGUGACCGAUGUCAGAGAACAGGCCUCAGUGGAUGUGUUAAUAACAAACCUCAUCAAAGGACACCUGCUUCCUACGGCCCAAGUCUGGAUAACUUCCCGACCCUCAGCUGCUGAGCAGCUCCCUGAUGACUAUGUUGACAGAAAAACAGAAAUUCGAGAGAAGCCUGAUUUUGCCAGUCAAAGGAAACUCAAAGCCCAACUAAAGGAACAUUUUACCUAUGUAUGUGAAGGGAUCGAUCAGCAGAAAACCUCUGCUCUACUUAAGGAUAUCUACACAGACCUUUACAUUAUAGAGGGGGAAAGAGGAGAGGUCAAUGCUCAGCACGAGUGCAGACAGGUUCAGGGUGCAAAGUUUAAACCAGAGCAAGAAGAAACACCUAUCAGAUACUGUGACAUCUUUAAACCAUCACCUGUUAAUACAGACAUUAAAACUGUGCUUACCAUUGGGAUGGCUGGCAUAGGAAAAACAUUUGCAUCAUUGAAGUACAUUCUGGACUGGGCAGAGGGCACAGCCACUGAAAACAUUUUUUACACAUUUCCACUUCCUUUCCGAGAGCUGAAUCUUAGAAAUAAGGAAGAACACAGUUUAGAAGAUCUGAUUCAUCAGUUCUUUCCAGCUAUGAAGACCUCGGAAAUAACUGACUAUGACAAGUAUGAGAUUCUGAUUGUUUUGGAUGGUCUUGAUGAAUGUCGCCUUGACCUCGAAUUCAAUGAAUGUAAUCACUGGACAGAUGUUAGAAAGCAAGCUUCUGUGAGUGUUUUGCUGUCAAAUCUCAUCCUGGGAAAUCUCCUCCCCAAGGCCCAAAUUUGGAUUACUUCUCGACCUGCAGCAUCCAACAACAUUCCUGCUGAAAAAGUGGACCGAAUGACAGAGGUGAGAGGAUUUAAUGAUGAACAAAAAGAGGAGUACUUCCAUAAGAAAUUUAGUGACAAGGAGCAGGCUGAAAAAGUCCUGAAACACGUGAAGCAGUCAAGAAGUCUCUAUAUCAUGUGUCACAUUCCUGUUUUCUGCUGGAUCACCUCAAAGGUACUGGAAAACAUUGUUCACCAAAAUCAAGACGAAGGGCUGCCCAAGACGCUCACUGACAUCUACACUCAUUUUCUUUUGCUCCAAUGCAGACAGGCUAAUGUGAAGUAUAGUGAUAUGGAAAAAAGUUCUGAGUCACAUUCCUGUUGGAAUACCAGAAAUAAAGAGACAGUCCUGUCUUUAGGCAAACUGGGUUUUGAAGCUUUAGAGAAAGGAGACCUUCUCUUUAAUGAAGAAAGGCUGACGGACUGUGGUAUUGACAUCACAAAAGCUGCAGUCUUUUCUGGGCUGUUUACUCAGGUCAAACGAGAAGAGCAUGGCCUGUACCAGCAAAAAAUGUUUUGCUUUGUCCAUCUGAGCAUUCAGGAGUACCUGGCAGCUCUCUACGUCUUUCACACAUUCAAUACCAAAGGUAAAAAUUUGUUCAUGGGAUCCACUUCAGGGGCCUCAUCCCUGGCUGCUUCAGAGUUCUAUAAGAAAGCUGUGGACAAGGCUUUAGAGAGCAAAAAUGGGGACUGGGAUCUGUUUCUCCGCUUCCUGCUUGGACUCUCUGUGGAAACAAAUCAAGUUCUACUCCAAGAGCUGCUGAAAAAGACGGAAAAUUAUGAAAAGACCUACAAGGAAACAGUUGAGUACAUCAAAAAGAAGAUUAGAGAAGACAUCAGUGACCCAGAAAAAAACCUCAAUCUUUUUCACUGUCUUAAUGAGCUGAAUGACCACACCCUGGUUCAAGAAAUCAAAAAAUUCCUCCAAUCAGACACAAAAAUCUUUGAAAAUUUUACUACUUCUCAGUGGUCAGCUUUGACUUACGUGCUGCUGACAUCAGAGGAGAAGCUUGAUGUGUUUGAUCUCAAGAAGUACCUGAAAUCCGAGAAAGUUCUUCUGGGAAUGCUGCCAGUGGUCAAAGUCUCCAGAAGUGCUUUGCUGAGCUGGUGUGAGCUCUCAGAAGAAUCUUGCAGAGGUUUGACAUCCUCAGUCCUCAGUUCUGCUUCUUCAAAUCUCACAGAACUGGACCUGAGUCAUAAUGAUCUGCGGGAUUCUGGAGUACAGCUACUUGCUGAAGGACUAAAGAGUCUACACUGUAAACUGGAGGACCUCAACUUAUCAGGUUGUCAGGUGACUGAGAAAGGCUGUGAUUUCCUUGCGUCAGCACUUAAAUCUAAUAAAGUCUCUAAGCUAAAGCAGCUUGAUUUGACUUACAAUCACUGUGGAGAAUAUGGAACGAGCCUGCUCAAUGCUAUCGCUGACGACCCGACUCGGAAGCUGGAGGCACUGUGUUUUGACUAUAAUGGACCACAUCGGCUAAAGCCUGGGAUGAAGAAAUAUGCUGCAAAUCUGACACUUGAUGAAAAAACAGCAGGCAGACGGCUCCUUGUGUCUGGAAACAACAGGGAAGCAAAAACUGUACUCAAGGUGGACAAUUGUGUUUCACGACAAGUAAAUAAAGACAGAUUUAAAAGGACCCAGGUGUUUUGUGAGGAAAGCCUAAAAAGCACCAGCUACUGGGAAGUGGAGUGGAAAGGCAUGGUUGGGAUUGCAGUGGCGUAUAAAACUGUGAGUAAAAAAUUGGACAGCUGUGGUGGUCUGGGAUGCAAUGACUGGUCCUGGAGUUUACUAUGUUCCAAGACCGAAUGCACUGCCUUACAUGGAAAGAAUUCAAUCAAAAUCAGGACUACGCCAUGCCACAAAAUAGCAGUAUUGCUUGACUGGGAGGGUGGUAGUCUGAGUUAUUUUAAUGUGCUAUCUGAAGAGCUGAGUCUGAUUCACACCUUCUAUGCAAAAUUCACAGAGGAGCUCUUUCCAGGUUUCUGGUUUCGGGCAGGCUCUAUAACUUUGUGUCACAUAUAACCUUUUUUUUUGUAAAUGCAAGCCAUUUUAACCAACUGCAGUGAAAACCCCUGAUAUUGUACUACAACAAGAGAAGCAUAUUUUUAGUAGCAUGUGUCAAAGUGUGCCAUACUAUUUUAGAUUCAGGGCAUGUUUUUCAUAUUGUGUUUUAAUUUACUGUGUAUUUCUUUACUAUUUAAAGACAUAAAUAGACAGACCUUUUUGAAAAGUAAUAUUAAUAGAAAUAGAAAUACUUUGUAACGCUGUGAAACAUAUUUUAUUUUCACUCUUGAUUCAAUUUAAACACAGUUAAGUCCCACUGAAUCCCUGUAUAUAUUGUAUGAAAGACUAACUUAACAAAGAUCAAGAAAGAUGUGGUGUUAUCUUUCUGUACUUAGGAAUCUGAAUGUUUUACUGGAGUCAAGCAUUAAGUUUGAGCAAAUAAAAAAAUGGGGUAAAAUAACAA